UGUGGCCUCGUGGGUAAGAGCUUGCCGCGGGUGGCACCCUUCCCCAGGUCUGGCCUCACUCAGCAUGGCCGCCCUGCUUGUGAGAAGCGCGGUGGCUUCGCUCGUGGACCCGCUCCUGCACCUGAGUCGCCUCGCGGUGAAGCCUCGGGCCUUCUCCUCAUUCCUGCUGGGGACCCUUCCAAGCGCCAAACCCUGCGCAGAGGUGCGCUCCCUUCUCUGGGGCCGCCCCCUGCCGCUCUUGCAGCCCUCGCAGGGCUUCAAGACCAAGGGCGUCCUCAAGAAGCGCUGCAGGGACUGCUACAAGGUGAAGAGGCGCGGGCGCUGGUUCAUCCUCUGCAAGACCAACCCCAGGCAUAAGCAGAGGCAAAUGUAAGGGCAAAUGCCCGUGGGAAAUUCGUCUCACCGUACCUAAGAAAAAUAAAUGUAAACAUCCUGGAAUCUAA